AUGGGCCAGUCAGCUUCGGCGGCCGCCAAUUCAAGCCGCCGUGAGAGCAACAACCGCAUCCAUCGAUCCAAGUCCAAAGCAACGGCCGCGAUCUCCCCGAUGCUGCAGGCCGAGGAGGAAGGCUUUGAGAUCGUCGACAGCGCCGAUUUCAUCUCCGAUCUUCCCGACGAGUGCUUGGCCUGCAUAUUCCAGUCCCUCGGCUCCGGCGAUCGGAAGCGCUGCUCGCUGGUCUGCCGACGGUGGCUGAGGAUCGAGGGACAGAGCCGGCACCGUCUCUCCCUCUCUGCCCAAUCGGAUCUCCUCCCUAUCAUUCCUUCCCUCUUCUCCCGCUUCGACGCCGUCACCAAACUCGCCCUCAAAUGCGACCGUAGAGCCGUGAGCGUCGGCGACGAGGCGCUCAUCCUCAUUUCUCUGCGAUGCCGCAACCUCACGCGCCUAAAGCUCCGCGCGUGCCGCCAGUUGACCGACGCCGGGAUGAUGUCGUUCGCCAAAAACUGCAAAGGGUUGAAGAAGCUGUCGUGCGGGUCGUGCACGUUCGGAGCCAAAGGAAUGAACGCGGUGCUCGAUAAUUGCUCAGCUCUGGAAGAGUUAUCGGUUAAGCGGCUUCGCGGCAUCACCGACGGAUCCGCGGCGGAACCGAUCGGUCCCGGCGUGGCAGCCGCGUCGCUCAAAACUAUUUGCCUCAAAGAGCUCUACAAUGGACAGUGCUUUGGUCCUCUGAUAAUCGGCGCAAAGAAACUGAGGACUCUGAAGCUCUUCAGGUGCUCCGGCGAUUGGGACAAGCUCCUCCAAGUGAUAGCUGAGCGAGUGACCUCCAUGGUUGAGAUCCAUCUCGAAAAGCUUCAGGUUAGCGAUGUAGGCCUCACUGCCAUCUCCAAUUGCUUGGAUCUGGAGAUUUUGCACCUGGUCAAGACCCCCGAGUGCACCAAUGUAGGAUUGGUCUCCGUCGCCGAACGCUGCAAGCUGCUAAGGAAGCUUCACAUUGACGGGUGGAAGGCUAAUCGAGUAGGCGACGAGGGUUUGGUCUCGGUAGCAAAGAAUUGCGCAAACCUUCAGGAAUUGGUGCUCAUUGGUGUUAAUCCAACAAAAGUGAGCUUGGAGGCAUUAGCUUCGAAUUGCCCCAAUCUCGAAAGAUUGGCAUUGUGCGGAAGCGAUACGGUGGGCGAUGUCGAGAUUUCGUGCAUUGCUGUGAAAUGCGUGGCGUUGAAGAAGCUCUGCAUUAAGGGCUGUCCCGUCUCGGACAUCGGCCUCGAAGCGUUGGCCGGUGGUUGCCCUAACAUGGUGAAAGUGAAGCUCAAGAAAUGCAGAGGAGUAACAGCAGAGGGAGCUGAUUGGUUGAGGGCGAGCAGGCCUUUAUUGGCCGUGAAUUUGGAUACAGGUGAAACAAUCCCAGAGGCCGCCAUUGAUACCUCCAUUGCGGCCCACGAUAAUUCCGUCGAGUUCCCGCCGUUGGCCAUCCAACCGGCGUUUCCGGACAUUGCCUCAAGCAGUGCUGGGCGGCCGACCUUUAAGUCAAGGUUAGGGCUUUUGACGGGGAGGGGUUUUGUGGCUUGCGCUCUGAGAAGGUGGGCGUCGAAUCGGAAUCAUAGUUAGUGUUAUUGAAAUUGAACCAUACAGCAAAACCUCCCCUUGUUCAUUGUUCACUUUUUUGCUGCAUUAUUUGGAUUCUGACCUUUUUUUAUGUACUUAAUUUGAUGUUUGUGUGCUGUUUAUUGCCUUUUCUCAAUCGAAUUUUCAUACUUUUUUUAA